AGUCAACAGUCAGCACUUUUUGGCAGAGAGAACAUGCUGGAGAGAUUGGCUGCCUGGUUUCUGAACACAUACGUAGCCGAGUAUGUCGGAAACUUAAACACUGACCAGCUCAAUAUAGGCCUCUUCUCAGGUGCAAUUGUGUUUGAUAACCUUGUCCUGAAAAAGGAUGCACUAGAUAAACUAAAGCUACCAAUUGAAGUCAAAGCUGGAUAUCUUGGUAGGCUUAAGUUACAAAUGCCAAUGAGGUAUUUCAAUGAUCGGAAGUGGCUGAUAGAAAUUGAUAGGCUAUACCUUGUAGCUGGACCACCUAAUUUAAAUAAGUUUGAUCCGGAUGAAGAGAAAGAAUCUGCACAGUUAAAGAAAGAAGGGAAACUCUCUGCCAUGGAACAGAAAUGGAGGGAAGAGCAACAAGGAGGCUCAUCAUCACUCUGGUCAUCUUUUGCUAGCUCUUUCACCUCAUCAAUAGCUGAUGGUCUACAGGUAACAUUUAACAAUAUUCAUAUUCGUUAUGAGGAUUCAGAAGUAGGCGGGGCUUCAGAUCCACUGGUAGUCGGUUUGAUAAUUGAUGAGCUAACAUCAAGAGCGACCAAUGAGAAAUGGGAAGAGGUGGAGUUUUCUUCUGGUGGUAGCAAAUCCUUUAAAUUGAUCAGUUUAGUUAAUCUGGGUGUCUAUUGGGACCAUGAGCUGUUUGGAGACCUUGAUAAAGAUGAAUUUAUGGACUCAAUGCAGAAGAAAUCCUUAACAGUCAAAGCUACACGAGACAUGAUGUCCAGCAGUUAUUAUGCACCAACUGAUCCAGAGGCCAGCUCUCAUUCACUCUCGCACAUAUUGCUACCACUAGAAGCUAAGGCUAUGAUCACGCUUAAUCGUUCAGCUGAUCCUUUAAAGAUAUCGGAUGGUCCAAGAGUAUCUGUCGAUGCUCAGUUGAGUGAUGGGUCUAUUGUACUGUCACAGGAUCAGGUUAAUAAGUUUGUUGGUUUAUCGGAUGCUUUUAAGCUACGGAUGAUAUCACAACGGUAUCGUCACUUGAGACCAAGAGUUACCAUAAAGCAAAGUCCUGGUGCCUGGUGGAGGUUUGCCAUUGAAAGUGUGAGUGAAGUCAUCAGAGAAAACCAGAAACGUCUCUCACUUGAUUUCGUACUAAGAAGAGCAAGACAGAGUGUGCUGUAUGUCUCUGCUUACACUAGCCACCUCACACAAUCAGUAAUCAGUGAAGAUACCAAGAGAAUAUUGGAAGAGAAUGAGAUUGAGUUGAAUUAUGAGGAGCUGGUGAUACUGAGACGUGUGGCCAUGCAUAGGAUAGAGAAGGAAAGGGCACUAGCUGAAGAGGCAAAGAGAGUCGGAGCAGCUGAAGGAAGGGGAAACUGGUUGAGCUACUGGUGGACAGGAGGGAGGGAGGGACAAGAGGAGGGGACUGAUGGUGCCCCUGUUAAUAACGACUUAAUUACUAGUGACGAAGAGAAGAUAUUGGAUGAACUGGGUCUUGAGAUGGACGGGAAUAGCAAAUUGUUACGUGACAGGAUAUUCGCACAAUUAUCGUUCACUUUGAUAAAAGGGUCUCUUCAGCUCGUUAUUGAGGAGGGAGGGGUUUUGGGACCACGCCCACUUUUGGAACUUGAGUUAUCAUCUCUUACCAGUAAGGUUGACUACAGACCUCGUUUAAAAUACAGUUCAGUUGAAGUGUUUCUUAAAGAACUGAAUGUGUUUGAUCAUUAUCAUGAAGACACUCAUUUCCCUACACUUGUACAACCAAAAAAAUCUAAUUCAUCUCCUCCAGUUGAUGUAUUUCAUGUUCAGUUGGUCUCACAAGAAGUUGAGUCGUUUAAGAGACACAAUCUCUCCCUCACUACAUCUCCACUUGAUGUUGUGUAUAAUCCACUGAUAGUCAAUCGCCUCAAGAGUUUCUUCUCUUCCUCCUCCUCCUCUUCAGUUUAUGAUGCCGAGAAGAUCGGGAGUGUUGUGGGCGGGGUUGACCACACCCUCCUUGAUAACGUGUUGGUAAAGCUUGAUAUAUCCGCUCCUCACUUACUGAUACCAAAAGAUGUGACACAACCAAACUCAACAAUGGUUGUGGUUAAUCUUGGCCACAUGACCUUUGAGAGUGUAUCUGAUUGGUCGUUUGAUAGCGAGAGGAUGGAGCUAGAAGAGGAUGAUCUUGACAUUGAUGAUGACGAUGAGUUUGUGACUCCGCCCUCUACCCCACCCCUUUUAUCAGAAUCCUCUCAGUCUUUAACUCAGAUUCAAGUGGAAGAGGCUAUCAACAAGAAGCCACACCCAUCAGUGAUUAAGAACCGCCCAUGUAAAGUACAAGGUUACGUCCUCAAGUUAUCAGAGAUACAAGUAUUGGUAGGCGAAUUUAAUGAGAUACAGUCGGCAAUUAGUAGUGGGCGGAGCUUGCUUCAUUUAUUGAACCAGUUUAACGCAACAGCACAAAUAGAGAGAGUUAAAAGAGAUGGAGCUCAGUUUAACAUUACAGUUGAUCUACCACUGAUACAUUUACAUAUUGAUGAGACCAAGGUCCACACAUUAUUAACAUGUCUGAUACCACCUACUAACAUUGAUACUGAUGCUGAUACUGAUACUGAUACUGAUCAUACUAUCACUGCUACUAGCGAAGGAAUCAAAUCAAUGUAUUACUCACUUGAUCACGUCAGUCCUCACUCUUCCCUCUCCCUCUAUCAGUCGGCUUUUAACUUCAUGGGAUCAUCGUCGCAUGAGAGUGAGUCACAUGAUUCUACUGCCGAUGAUCAUGCGACUGACGCCACGAGGAGAGUCAAGCACUUGUCAACUGAGUACGCAUCGCAACAAUUGAUUAAAGUUCAAGUGAAUAUUAAUGAGGUUAAUCUGGACUUGAAUGCUAAUGGUGUAAGACUGGUUGAGUUAAAGAUACUCAGUGUUAGAGCCGGUGCCAUACAGAGACCAUAUGACACAUCGGUGAGACUCCUAGUGGAGGAAUGUGUGAUAGUGGACACUAAACAAGACUACGGGCCACAGUACGAACUUAUAUUCUGCUCUAAUGGACAAAAGCUAUUUACUGAAACUGGACCACGGAGGAUUGAAGGGGAUGUAUUUGAGUAUUGUCCUUCUAGUGAUGGACUCAUUUUUAUGUCAUUGCUAGUACUGGGCCCUUUGUCUCCUGACCAUCCAACUGUACUGCUCCCUGGAGGUGAGGGCGGGGCCUAUACAGCAUACACUGAUCAGAAUAUCAUUAGGAAGUGUAAUGUUCACUGUACACCAGUUGAUAUAGUAGCCAAUCAAAAGACAAUCGUUGAAUUGAUCACAUUCUCAAAGAAGUGUCUACCACCUCACGUCUCUAAGGGAGACAGAGCAACCCCAAGCCCAAAGACCUCCUCUACAACCAGUCGGCAAAAGACCACGCCCACACAGACCGACCUCUCUUUAGAACUAGACAAGAUAAGCAUACGGACACUGAGAGGGUCACCGGACAAUAAAAGAGACGAUAAACGUGACGAUGGUGAUGAGGGAGAGACCACGCUAUUCACCAGUAGCUAUGAACUGACUGGUCUAGGAGUCGACCUGUCUUUCAGUAGGAAUGAAGAGAGAGUGUCAGGAUAUCUUGAAGGAGUCAGAAUCACUGAUCUAACCCCGGCCGGUAAGAAACACCCUCUUAUUGUCUCGCUGGGGGCGUGGCGUGAGGGACGAGACCAAGACAUGAUAACGACUAUGAUGACCUCGUUUGACUCGCUAAAGAAAAUGGCCGACUGUCUCCAGUUUAGUAUCAGCCGGAACGAGAGAGAGGGAGAGGAAGAAGAGCUUGACAUUAGCGUGUUUGUUCACGUCCCCUCGAUAGUCUAUACUCAUUCGGUAAACUUCAUUUAUCACAUGAAUCUGUUUGCCCUGGACUUCGUGCAGUAUUUCAAUAAACUCAGUGACUCCAUGAAGACGGCAGCUCUUGGAGUUGCUAAAGGACUCGUGAGAGAGAAGAGUCAACUAGCGUCUCGGCUGAGCCAAUUAUCAACCUCGUUAGGUGGGCGGAAAUUGACCACACCCACUGACGAGGACGAGACUGAUAUGGGUGGGAUUUCCGAUCGGGUCCUUAUCGAUGUUAAGAUAGAAUCACCUGUGGUUGUAUUACCCUCUCCUGCUAGUGGACAGGAUUGCUUGAUAGCUCAUUUGGGACAGAUUGGUAUCAAGAACGAGUUUAUUGAUAUUGAAGAUGAGACCGUGUUACAGGAUCGUAGCCAUGACACUGAUACUAAUAGUAUUACUGAUUUCAAUCUCAACUCAAGUUUAGUUGAUCGUCUCACUCUACACGUGUCGAAUGUUUCGUUACAUUCGUCUCAUGACAUUCCAAGUCGAGAUUACUUAGUCUCCGAGUCAACGGCCGUUAGAGGUGGGUGUGGUCUAAUUCCAGGCUCCUCCUAUAGGAUUUUACCUGAGACCAGUUUACUGUUUGUUAUUGAGAGAGCUGUUGGUGGGUGUGGUCAGUACGAUAACGAGUCCCUGGUUGAUGUAAAAGUAACAUGUAUGUGUAGCUCGAAAUCAAUAUUCCUUUCGUUACCAAAUUCAGUUUUUACUCAAAUGAAAUUAACUGCUGGAAAAGGAUUGUACAUACCUGUUUCAAUGGAGUCUUCAUUUGAUGACUCCGCCUCUGAUGCUCCACCCACUGCCCCGCCCAUUUCCUCUCCUGUUGAAUCCCUCCCUAAGAUUUAUUGCAGUUUUUCUCUACCACGUCUCUCCAUUGAGCUGAAGCAUCUCAUUGGGUCCGUUCAAAAAGACAUUGUUUUUGUGUCAUUUGAUGAUUUUGUUGCACGCUGUCGUAAGACCACGCCCCACCACACCCACUUUGAUUUGGCACUAAAGUCGAUCAUAAUAGAAGACUUGUUGCAGGAAGAUGAUUCCUAUCGAUACAUACUCUCGUCCACUCUCAAACCACUCCCAUUCUCGUCCCCCGUCACUAAUAGCUCCCUUCAUUCCCAUACUCCAUACUCUCAUACUCCUAGUCUGGGAAUCAGUCCUAGAUCAUUCCUCCCUUUCUCUCAGUUGAUAUCGUCCCCCAAGCCUCCUUGUGUCGAUUACUCUCCUCUUCGAUCGUUCAAUCCUCUAGUACCGGUCGGUAAGCUAGCCACACCCACUAAUGGAUCGGCCAUGCCUCCUGCUGACUCAUCAAUUUCAUCGUCAGUAACUGAUGUACAGGAUGCUAUUAGUAUCUCUGGGAUAUAUGUCUCUGAAGAUGAUCCUAGUUUCAAGACUAGUUACAAUGGGGUGAGUCUACAUGUCAAUGGGCUAUUCAGUUCAGUGUAUUUGGUUGUUAAUUUGCAAACCUGGGUACUGCUUUUUGACUAUCUUGGUAUUGGUGUCCCGACUCCGCCCUCCUCUCCCUCUGAAGCCACGCCCACUGCAACGAACCUGGACGAGCUCGAGCAGUACUCGUUGAAGCAUGACGGUAGCGUGUACAUUAAACCGGUUUCUAAAUCCAGUUUACUGAAGGAGAGGUCUAGUACUGUGUGGGGUACUGAUGGUAAGCUAUCAGCAGACGUCUCCUUAAGAGUCCAGAGCCUUUCAUUAACUCUUAAUAAGCAGGAGCAUCCCCUCGCUAGAGGUACUGCUACUGAGUUGAGUGCUGAUGUUAAUGUUAGUCAAGGUAACCUGAGGGUGAAGGGAUCCCUUGGUACUGCUACACUAAUUGAUCUGACAGAGACAGGAUCUUAUUAUAGGGAGAGACUCACUACUACUGGACAACAAGCACUCUCUUUUGAUGUGUUCAAGUUUGGUAGGAAGGAUCCAUUACUAGAGAGACCAUAUGAUAUCAGUGCUAAUGUAUCAAUAGCUGCCAUUAGGUAUCUACACACUAUGAGGUUCCUUAAAGAGACCAUUUCCUUCUUGCAACAUUUUCCACAACUCAUUGAUGCAUUCCAACGCAUGAAAGCACUCUCACGUGGAGAACUGUCAUAUGCUCCUGAUCGUAAGCCGAGGAUAUUAUUAGAAGUAGAGGCUCAUGGCCCAAUGAUACUCAUACCUAAACACGCCUUCUCUCCUGAAAUCAUGGGUGGAGUCAUUAAUCACUUGACACUCUCUAACAAGUUCCUGUAUGAUGGUGACGAAGGUACCCUGACACACAGUAGGAGGCGUGGUCAGGCCUCGCCUCUCAUUCCAAGAGUUCAAAGUACACCAGCUUCACUUGCCUCAAGUCCUGGGCGAGGCUGGUUGAUACAUGACCACACCCGCAGAGUAUCUCGGACGGACGAUGAUAAAGAGGCGAUAGAGGGACUCCUAUACAACCAAGGGCCAGUGCUCCUUGAUGUGAUGGAGCUCCUGUUAGAUAAUGUUGAUGUAUUCUCUGCUAGUAAAAAACCAUUGCCACACACUAAUAAUAUUCAAGAUGGAUACCACUACAGCAUUGAGAGAGAUAAAGGAAAGUGUUUGAAGGAGAGAGGAACACUGAGACUCAUCAUUGAGAGGAACCUUUAUGAGGACUUUUGCAGAAAUGUUCCUGAUAUUCAUAUUGAUGCCAAGCUGUCUGCAGUUCAUUUGAUGCUGGACAAGAGACAACUGGAGAUCAUUAAAGGACUCAUUGACAUGAACCUUGGGGAACACAUUGAGGAGUUUGAAAAACCAUCAUCAGUUAUACUCGAUCCUGUGGCACAGCCCAUUGUAGCUGCUGUCUGGACUGGCUUCAGGUUCCACAUACAGUUUGUUGAAGUUCAGUUGGAGUUCCUUCAGUCAAGAGGACCUGAUGACUUGAACCACUCGCUGGCUUUAUUUGACAUCCUCCUCUCUGAGUUCACAUUUGAGUCUCAUUCUGAUCAGAGCAAGACCGUGGAUUUCACUACACACUCAGUGAUAGGACAUGACACUAGAUACAACCAUACUAAUGUUUCUGAUUCAGUUGAAAAACCCAAUGUAUUUGAAGAAGUUUUGAAGCCAAGGUAUACCAGCAAGGAUAAAAGAUCCCUCCAGGUUGAGAUACAUGUAACGCUGAGCCCCAGGGCAAUAAAGGCGUCAAUCCUGUUAAACCGGUUGAGAUUGAUUGGAAUCAUUGAUCUGUUGAUUGAACUCAAGCAGUUUGUGAUCAAUAAGAUACCAGAAGUAGAUGAGGAUGAGUAUGACCGGUCUGUCCUUGAAGAGGUUGAUGGCGAAGAGGAUAAUUCAUUAUUACAAAUAAAACUAAAGUCCUUGCCACCACCAAAAGAGGAUGAGGAGAAAAAACCUGAUCGUGAUGUCAAAGUUGGUUUGAGUAUCACUGAAACUGAUUUGGUUGUUGUUGAGGACUUGACGUCAUUCACAUCAAAUGCAGUUGUAAUGAAAGGAACUGUCGUGCUAAACUUUCACUCACCACCUACCAUCAAAGGUCCUAGUACACUGCAUUGCUCAGUCGAUGGAUUGGAAUUAUUCUCAUGCUGUGUGUCACAGGAAGAUGACACUGCCCUCUCCAUACUGGACCCUGUGUCUAUAGGGGUGGAGCUUAAACCUCUGGACACGCCCAGUAAAGAUGGCGGAACACAUACACUAGAAUUUGACGUGCGUCAGUUAAAUGUUAGGUUGUCUUACAACGAUAUAAAAUUAUUUGUUGCUAUCCUGCAAAAUUUACAAGCAUCAGCAUCUUCAUCAUCAUCAGGGAGGACUGAACAAGUGCCACGCCUCUCAGGUGUUAACGAGAAGUUAGUGAAGAGGUUGCUACCACUUGGUUUCACACGAACUGCCAUUCUAAAGGAAUUGAAUAAAGGAGGAGAAGAUGUCAAUAUGGUGGCUUUGCAGCUGCUUGAAGAGGAAAGGAAGGCACUGGAGGAGAAAGACCAAACAAAGCAGAAAAUGAAAUUAAAAUCCCUUGAAGUGUUAAUGGGCUCAUUAAACAUAUACUUAAUAGAUGACUCACUCAAUCAUGAUAUCCCAUUGGUGGAGUUCUCACUCUCCUCUCUUCAAGCAUCCAAUCAGAUUGCCUCAGGAAUGGAGGGACACGCCAAAGCCUCUCUCUCGUUGGAUUAUUAUAACAGGAACAUAUCGUCAUGGGAACCAAUUAUUGAACCAUGGAAGGUAUCUCUCAAUUGGAAGAAGAUGGUUCACUUUAGCACUGACCUUGAUACAAAUGAGAAACCAGAUAGGAUCAACUUCUCACUUUCUUCUCCUAGUACACUCAAUGUUAACAUAACCAGUUCAUUCCUGCUACUUGUUAAAGACACAAAGGCCAGUUGGUCUUCAGAUAUAUCAGAUACACAAGAGGACAUUAAAAUGACGUCAGCGACACGCAACGACCAAACUAAAGUCCAACAAGGACUGGCGUUGCUCCAUUCUGUUCGUUUCAUAAGUCAAAGUAGACAAAGAACUAAAUUUAUUCCUUUUUCUCUUGUUAAUUCGACCGGCCUCACUCUGAAAUUUGCUACUCUUACUUCUCUUCCAUCACACGUCCUCUUUAGUGCCUCAGCGCUCCUCCAGAGCCCUCGCUCUUCACUUUUGGUUGAGUCUAAAAGAGCCACGCCCACUGAAUGGGUUGAAGUAGCACCCGGCCAGGAAGAAUUAUUUGAUUUUGUGUCACGUCAAAAAAUUAGACAUAAAGACACUAGGGAGCUGAUUUUGCAUCAGUUAAGAGUCCAACUUGAAGGAUACGAAGAAAUAAAUAUUCCAAUUUCAGUCGAUAAAAUUGGAUUAUUCUUUCGAGAUGUUCUCCCUUGCAGUGGGCGUGGCACUAAAUCUAGACUCUAUUUUGCCGUCUCAUUGAGAGAGACUCGUAAAUGUAUUAACAUUCGUUCGGGACUCGUCAUUCACAACAUGCUGGAAUUGCCAAUGGAAAUAAAACUUGAUCCACCCAAAAAUGAGAAAGGAUCCAGUGUAGGAUUACCAGUGGUACCUUCAGGAGGUUUAUCAGCUGUUCCUAUUCAUUUAACUAACUGGUUCAUAAGAGUACGGCCCCAGGGGUGGGGCCUAAAGUUUUGUACACACCCACUGGAAUGGGAAAAUGCUUCAUAUCGUGCAGCCAGUACUGAACUGAGAUCAUGUGAUCCAUUGUCAGCUGAUAUUGCUAAUAAAACACAUCCAUUCAGGUUUUGUGUUGAAGUCACUAAGGACACUGCUAGUGUUAUUCCUAAUCAUACAAUAUGUCUUCGAUCAGUUUUCACUGUCACUAACCUUCUGCCGUACGGCUUUCAUUUCUCCUUCAAGUCAAAAGAGAAACUUAUACCAUCAGGAAAAGAAGUGGCCAUUCACAAUGUUAAUUCUCUGAGGCCUGUAACCUUCUCUAUCAGUAAAUUAGAGUCGUUUGAAUUUUCUGACAAUUGCACUGUCUCCAUUACUGAAGUGGGUGUGGUCAAGUCGCUGAUUGUUCGUGAUAAGGCAAAUCGUUCACUUAAUCUUCAUGUUAACACUGAGCUCAUGUCUAAAGGAUCAUUGAAAGUGGUUAUUUGGUGUCCCUAUUGGUUGAUCAAUAGGACUAGUCUCCCGUUGGUGUUCACAUCACAGGGUGACAGCAGUGGGGGAAAGUGUGCUGGCCAGUUUGAGGAGCAUGAGACAGCUACAAGCAUGUCACCUCUUCUCUUCUCUUACUCUGAAGACGAUCUGCUACAAAAGUGUCAGGUGCGUUUGGGUAGGGGACAGGAUGAGGGGGUCCCCAGUUGGUCCAACGGUUUCCGCAUGCUUAGAGAUGAAGAUGUCCUUCGCCUGUUUGUUAAAAGAGGCCAAGGAAGACCAGACAAAGAGUAUCAGAUUGGUAUGGAAGUGAAGAAAGGCACUGGGGUUUAUAAGCCAACCAAAGUGGUGACGUUUGUUGCCAGGUUUCAACUAGAGAACAGGACAACGUUCAACUUGAAGUACCUCCAAAGGCACUUAGUGUUUGCUAAGGAUGAAUCAUCAUCAGACUCUGUGCCAGUAAUAGCUCCAGGAGCUGUGAUGGCCUUUCACUGGCCUAGAGCUGAUUUAGAUCAGCUAUUGUGUAUCAGAGUUGUGGAGCUUUCAGAUUGUCAUUGGUCGGGAGGUUUCCCAUUAGAACAAGAUAAAUCAUUUCACAUCAACAUGAGGUGCUCUUAUGGUAGGUCAGUGUUCAUUAGGUGUGAGGUGAUUCUGAGAGGAGCCACUUAUCAUGUCAUAUUCUCUGAUGCGUCAGACUACCCUCCUCCUUUUAAACUAGAGAACCUCUCCCAAAUAGCAGUUAUAUGUUACCAACAGUCAGUCACAUCUCAGCAGCAGUACACAGUAUUAAAUCCAGGACAAUCAGUGCCCUAUGCUUGGGACGAAGUAACUUUGCCCGAAAAACUUUGUCUCCACAUUAAAGAUGUUUCAGAGCCACGCCCCUUUGACCUGAGCAGCUUUGGACCUCAAGGGAAGGUUUAUUAUGAGAGCUACUUUUACAUCGUUGCCAUGGAUACCAAAACUGACCAAUCGCAUUUACCGGAGAGCCACAGGCUUGAGGGAGAGCUGGUCCUUGAUGUACCUCAAGGAAGAGCCGUACUCUUAACUAGGAAAGGUCUUGAAAGGAGGACUCAGCUAUGGAGAAUGACUGCCAGAGGCCAGUUGGUACACAUUUCGUCUUCAUCUUCAAAAUCGGCUAAUUUUGUACUGGACCUAGCCGGGUCUGUACCUCCUAAUUAUCGCCAUAGCAACAGGCCACUCCCCCUCGUCAUAUCAAGAGCUAACGAGAGACGGUCGUCAACGCAAUCAUGGGAAUUUAAAAAUGGGAGAUUGGUCCUCUCCUCCUACCCUCACCUGUGUGUCCAGGUUCGUCAUGGUUACGAGGGUAAGGUGGACGGUAUGGACGCUGUGGUUGGUUGUGUUGGCAGUGGAGACAAGGAGGAGUUCAGGAGACUCAAGAAAUCCCCCGGGAGUGGAGUACUCUCUGUAUCUCUGGUACCUGAUGGACCCACUCGUGUCCUUAGAAUCACUGAUGAGAGCAAAAAAUACACUAUAUCAGGUGCUACUGAUGAUUGGAUUAUAGUGGAGCAUGGACUAAUAGCGCCAGCUGUAUCAUCUUCAACCGUUGAACUAACUAAUGAAGAGACUGACGUUAAAACUGAAUUAUCAGUUUCAUUUACACUUGAGAAGGGAGUGAGUGUUUCCCUGAUCAACUCAACUCCAGAGGAACUCUUGCUAGCUACAGUAACUGGAGUCCGUGUUGAGUUUGUCAGUACUGCAGUCCACCAGUGCAUCAAUGCCACCAUACAGUACAUACAGAUGCAUAAUGGAUUUCAUCAGAUUGUUCUGUUCCCCACUCCUCCUCCCUCAGGAGAGCUGGAUACUAAUUUCCCAGUCAUCAGUUGUUUUAUUGAGAGACUCCCACACAAUUCACCACUAGCUACUGUCUUUAGAGUGAGUUAA